GCAUUUUCGGCAAUCUAAGCGUCUUCCGUGGUCCUGCUGAUGGUGUUGUCCUCAUGGGUCCUUGUGAUAGACGUCUGUUGAGGUACCGCUUGCCAAUAGCAGGUUGACGCGCGGUAUAAGACUCCCGAUUCAACACCGGUACUCAUGGCUAUCGGAAAGCUGGGCCGGUUGUGAUGAAAGCAUGCGAGAUUGACAGCCCUCUCCAGUGCUCCUUGAGGGUAUCAUGUGCCGCAAUAGCUGCCGCAGAAGCGCGAGGUCACAAAGCCCCAGAGAACUUGAUGAGAUAUGGCCAUGGCCAAUGGCUGUGGAAGGACAGUGAAGGGCUUGAAAUCGCUCUGACCCGCACAAUCGCCACUUGUGCCUGUUCGCUUUUUGAGAAGGUUCCUGAAGUGACUUUCCCCUUAGCGAUUGACCGCAGGUUCAACUACUGUACUCUGACGCCUCUUCGCCAAUCGGAGCUGAAGAGGGCUGGGAGGCAGCGCAAAAUGAUCGUCCACUACUCAAAGGAGCAGCAGGGUUCGAAUCCAUGUUGCUGUGCAAGAGAAGUAGUUCUCGUGGGCUGCAAAGGAGAGUCCUAUGUCGCGCCCGAGCUUUCAGUCACUUUGAAGGUGAGAUUUGUCUUCACAACACCACUUCCGAUCUAGACAUCUUCUACUGGAGGCUGUCUUGCCGGCAUCUACUGGAGGCGUACUUGUAGUCGACGGAGCUAUUGGGGACGUGGACAUGUGUUGCAGCUGAUGGGAGUCUGUCGGUGGCCUUAGAGGAUGUGUCAGCUCAUCGGAAAACUUGCGAGCUAAAAGCG